CGGACAAGGGGAUCGAGUUUAUUUCUCGCGUGGAUCCCUCGGCCGCAACUCGCUUCUGCUGCCCAGACGGCGUGGAUGACCCCCAAGACACAUCGCGACGCUUGGGCGGGGGGCGAAAUUGUCACCUUUGAAUGUUUGACUUGACGGGAUUUUUUUAGGGGCAACUUGCUGCGUAACUUUAUUUUUUAUUUCAAAUCGGUUGCACAUUUUGUACACGCUUUAUUCCCACCCCCACCGCCCCCCCCCCCUCCCCCCGAAGAAAAAAAAAGCGUCAAGAAAAUGGAGCGAAUCCCCAGCGCACAACGUCCUCCUCUGUCCAAGACUGAUCUAGCAGAUAUGCACGGCAUGGAUUUCCCUAUGUAUGCGUAUAAACCCAGGCGAGGGAUGAAGAGAGGAGAGGAGAGCAAGGAGACCUACAAGCUGCCCCACAGACUCAUCGAGAAAAAGAGACGUGAUCGGAUAAACGAGUGCAUUGCUCAGUUGAAAGAUUUGUUGCCGGAGCACCUAAAACUCACGACUUUGGGCCAUUUGGAGAAGGCUGUGGUUUUGGAGCUCACACUCAAGCAUGUGAAGACGCUCAGCACUCUCAUGGAGCAGCAGCAGCAGAAAAUCCUUGCCCUGCAGAGUGGCAUGCAUAUUGAGCAACCUAUUGUCAACCAAGAGAAGUCCGAGGAGAUGUUCCGAUCUGGUUUCCACAUGUGCGCCAAAGAGAUUCUUCAGUAUCUGGCCAGUCGUGAGAGCGACGGUGACUUUGCGCCAUCCCACGUCAUCAACCACCUUCACAAGUUGGCCGCUGACGUGCUCCAAAGUCCAAAGCGACCCCUCUCUCCCAUUAGCCCCCCGCCCGAGGAAAUCCCCGCAUACAGCCAGCACCAAACCCACAAGGAGACAACCACCAGCUUACCCCCUAAACCCAGCGAGGGCUACGGGAGGGUGCCGGUAAUCCAGCGGGCGCACGCUUCGCCUAGUGGCGAGCAGAGCGGCAGUGACACUGAUACAGAUAGCGGCUACGGAGGAGAGCUGGAGAAAAUCGAGUGCGGUGGCCCGCAGACGCAUCCCGACUACUACAGCCAGGAGGGCAAGCUGAUGAAGCGGAGCACGGCGGAGAGGCAGAGCUCCCACAUCAAGCGGGAGGACGACGAGCCGAGGCACAAACGGGCCCGAGCCGAGUCGUCGGAGGACGAGAUGCUCUCGGGUGGAGAAUCCUCAGCCUCGUCCUCUUCCAGUGGUUACGGUAGCUACAUGAGCGUCUCCCCCAACCAUCCGCCUUCAGCCCCGCACCCCCUCUGCAUGCCCUUCUACCUCAUUCCCCCCUCUGCCGCCACCUACCUGCCUAUGCUGGAGAAAUGCUGGUACCCGGGUGCCAUUCCCAUGCUGUACCCCGGCAUGGGCGGCUCCGCCACCGCCAUGCCCAGCGAGAGACCACCACAGAUGGUAAUGUCUCCCAGGGGAGGCUCUCCAGCUCCAGCCAUAUCUCAGACGCCCAUGGACUCCCCGGCUCUCCUACAGGCACUAAAGCAGGUACCCCCCCUCAACCUGGAAACCAAAGACUAAGAGAACAUGGUCACUGAGUUGACUCAUUAGGAGGGAGAACAUGAUUGAGCCGUCCUGUAGUCCAGCAAGUCAUUUCUCCACUUUGGUUCUCAUCCUGGAAUUCAUGUGGCAAACAAGAAGACGAGAGACUGGUGGAGAAAUGGUCGUAUCCAUCCACGUGUGGAUGACGAAAAUGGUUGAAUGUUAAGUGCAAAUGGGCCUGCCCUUCUCGCACACACACACACACUUGGUUGAAUGUAAAGAAAGACAUGUUUCAGACGCUGCUGUUCCGAGUCAAAAACCCUGACAACACUGGCGCAUUUCACUUGUAGCUUUUGUGCUAGAGACAUGCCAUUUAAA